AUGGAGUCUGAAUCAGCAAUACCAAGAAAACGAGCAAGAUCAUCGUCAUCAUCAGGCCAACCUGCACCCAAUCUUUCACUGACUGAAUGUGUUCGUGAAUUUGCGCUACCUCAGGCAUAUCCUAGUAUGGCUAAGGGGAAUGAUAGUAGCAGUGAAGCUAAAGCUCCAGCAGGAGCGACACAAAAAUCAAUGAAGCUUGCGAAGUUUAAAAUAAAAACCAAGGAUGGCCGAGAGCUUGACAUGAAAAUAAUGCCACAAAAUACACCAGUGACUUCCCUGAAUGGCAAAACAAUAUCAUUCUCAUUAGCGAAGCCAUUGAUUAGAUCAGACCAGCCUGUAAAUAUAAUUACCAAAGGAGACACUUUAGUGACCACAGCUACUGGAACAAGCGACAUUAAACCCUCAAUGCUCGCAUCAUCACAGGAUAUUUAUAAAUCACUCAAUAAAAAUCCGAAUUCAGCGGUAAAAUAUAUAAUCCCGCCGCACUUGAGAGGUGUUAAAUUAUUAUCAGAUUUUAAUUCUCGCGUUAAUAUGCCAUCAAGAUCUAAUGUUACCAAUUCAAUUUAUCAGCUUGAUGAUAAUAAUAUUGUUGUGUCGAAUGACGACAGCAUUGAUCUUACUGGUAGUAGCUAUGGCGAGGGUGAAUCAAAUGGAAUUGUUAUGCAACAGGGACGAGGCUGGCGAGUGCUAAAAAAAGAACCUGAAAGAACGGUUUUAAGAAACGUACAAAAUAAAAGUGCGAAUAUUACUGAUGAUAAUAAUUUAAAUGGACAAAAACCAGCUUUAUUGCGUAGAGGUACGUCUCUGCUAAAUAGAGGAAAAAAUUUGCCGUUCAAAACUGUUAAAAAUGCUAAUCAAUCAAAUAUUAUAAACAAGCAAGUAAAUAGUAAUGGACAACCCGGCAGUCGCUUGAUUCGAAUCGCCGGGAAUAAAAGAGGAUUCGAUCAUGGCUACGCAUUAGCAGCAGAUAUUUCUGAUCAAAAUAUGAUAAAUAUUAUUGAUGAUUCUAAUGGAAUUAUAAAUCUUGACGAUAGUAGUAAUUUAGACGGAAAUACUGUUUAUGUUUUUCAAAAUGAUGAUUUGUUGGAUCAAGAGCAGGCUGAGGCUGAAGUGAAUGUUAAAAAUACUCCACAGUCUGUUCCGUUGGUUAAUUCACAGGGCAGAGUAAAUCUGAUAAGAAGGGGGAAUAACAAAAGUACGAAUAGUAGUAGUAAUAAAUUAAAGAAAGAUGGGAAUCCCAGAAAAAGUGGAUCUCCAAUGGAGAGCUACAGGUCACCAUAUUUGCGCGAAGACUUAACGGAUGAAGAAUUAUCCGAUAAGCUGAAUGUUGUUGGGGAAGCACUUAGCACUGUUAGUGACGGAGAUCUUAAAAUGAGAGCUCUGAGGGCUUUAGAGGAGUGCGGGUUUGGAAUGGAGCGGUUUAUUCCUAAGAAACCUCCUCAUAAUUAUUUGUCAGUGAAGGACACGUCGUCGCAGACAAAUGUAUUUGGGUUGUUGGAUAAAAAUGAUUUUAUUCGCGUGACUGGAGAUAGUAAUGGCGUGGAGAGACUUCACGAAAUUGAAAAACAAUUAAUUAAUGGUAGUAAGGAAGUUAAAAGAAAACCUUGCACAGAUACUGCUAAUUUUAAAGAAGCACUUGAUGAAAUGUUGGACAAAGAUGUUUGGGUUGACAAGACAAGGGUUGAACAAGUUAAAAAUAUGUUGAAAAUAAAUCCGACGAGUCUUGAAUUAGCGAUUCAACAUUCUGCGCAGCCCGAAAUAGUUAGUUUGUUGCUGAAGAACGGCGCCAAUCCAGUGUCACCUGAAAACGCUCACGACUCGGCUUUGAUUAUCGCGAGUAGAAUGUCGUCAGACCAUUUGCCUCAACUUGUUAAAUCCGUAUCACCAAACAAUCCAGCGAUAAAUAAUGUUGACUCAGAAGGCUUUACAGCUCUACAUCACUGCGCAAGGAAUGGAAAUUACAGAGGAGUUAUGUGUUUAAUAGCUAUAAGUGCAGAUGUCAAUGCACGUGACGGUAAAUCUGGAAGAACAGCUCUGUUUCAUGCAUUUGAAAACGAGGGCAUAAAUAUAUGUAAAGAAUUAUUAACUGCGGGGGCAAAACCUAAUAUUCCAAACUUUGCUGGUCAUACGGUCCUUUCUAUAUUUGACGAAGAAAAACAUUUCUUGUUAAAAGGAUACAUUCAGAAGUAUCAGAAAUAA